AUGGCCUUGCUGGGAAAGCGCUGCGACGUCCCCACAAACGGCUGUGGGCCUGACCGCUGGAACUCCGCCAUCGCCCGCAAAGACGAGAUCAUCACGAGCCUCGUGUCUGCCUUAGAUUCCAUGUGCUCAGCGCUCUCCAAGCUGAACGCGGAAGUGGCCUGUGUCGCUGUGCACGAUGAGAGCGCCUUCGUGGUCGGCACCGACAAGGGGAGGAUGUUCCUGAAUGCCCGCAAGGAGCUGCAGUCAGACUUCCUCAGGUUCUGCCGAGGGCCCCCGUGGAAGGAGCCGGAGGCAGAGCACCCCAAGAAGGUGCCUCGGGGUGAGGGUGGCAGCCGGAACAUCCCACGGUCUGCCCUGGAACAUGGCUCGGACGUGUACCUUCUGCGGAAGAUGGUAGAGGAGGUGUUUGAUGUUCUUUAUAGCGAGGCCCUGGGCCGGGCCAGCGUGGUGCCGCUGCCCUACGAGAGGCUGCUCCGGGAGCCGGGGCUGCUGGCUGUGCAGGGGCUGCCCGAGGGCCUGGCCUUCCGGAGGCCGGCCGAGUACGACCCCAAGGCCCUCAUGGCCAUCCUGGAGCACAGCCACCGGAUCCGCUUCAAGCUCAAGAGGCCGCUCGAGGAUGGCGGGAGGGACUCGAAGGCCCUGGUGGAGUUGAAUGGCAUCUCCCUGAUAGCCAAGGGGUCUCGGGACUGUGGCCUGCACGGCCAGGCCCCCAAGGGGCCACCCCAGGACCUGCCCCCAGCCGCCACCUCCUCGUCCGUGGCCAGCUUCCUGUACAGCACCGCCCUUGCCAACCGCACCGCGCGGGAGCUCAAGCAGGAGGCACCCGCCUGCCCUCUUGCCUCCAGUGACCUGGGCCUCGGCCGGCCCGGGCCUGAGCCCAAGGCCCCCACUGCCCAAGACUUCCCAGACUGCUGUGGACAGAAGCCCACUGGGCCUGGCGGUCCUCUCAUUCAGAACGUCCAUGCCUCUAAGCGCAUCCUCUUCUCCAUCGUCCAUGACAAGUCAGAGAAGUGGGACGCCUUCAUAAAAGAAACCGAGGACAUCAACACGCUCCGGGAGUGUGUGCAGAUCCUGUUUAACAGCAGAUAUGCGGAAGCCCUGGGCCUGGACCACAUGGUCCCCGUCCCCUACAGGAAGAUCGCCUGCGACCCGGAGGCUGUGGAGAUCGUGGGCAUCCCGGACAAGAUCCCCUUCAAGCGCCCCUGCACCUACGGGGUCCCCAAGCUGAAGCGGAUCCUGGAGGAGCGGCACAGCAUCCACUUUGUCAUUAAGAGGAUGUUCGAUGAGCGAAUUUUCACAGGGAACAAGUUUACCAAAGACCCCACAAAGCUGGAGCCAGCCAGCCCGCCCGAGGACAUCUCUGCGGAGGUCUCCCGUGCUGCCGUCCUGGACCUGGCUGGGACUGCUCGGUCGGACAAAAGCAGUCUCUCUGAAGACUGUGGGCCAGGAACCUCUGGGGAGCUGGGUGGGCUGAGACCCAUCAAAAUUGAGCCAGAGGAUCUAGAUAUCAUUCAGGUCACCGUCCCAGACCCUUCCCCAACCUCUGAGGAAAUGACAGACUCGAUGCCUGGACAUGUGCCCUCGGAAGAUUCCGGUUACGGGAUGGAGAUGCUGACUGACAAAGGCCCCAGCGAGGACCCGCGGCCUGAGGAGAGGCCUGUGGAGGACAGUCAUGGUGACGUGAUCCGGCCUCUGCGGAAGCAGGUGGAGCUGCUUUUCAACACGCGAUACGCCAAGGCCAUUGGCAUCUCGGAGCCUGUCAAGGUGCCCUACUCCAAGUUCCUGAUGUACCCAGAGGAGCUGUUUGUGGUGGGGCUGCCUGAAGGCAUCUCCCUCCGCAGGCCCAACUGCUUCGGGAUUGCCAAGCUCCGGAAGAUCCUGGAGGCCAGCAACAGCAUCCAGUUCGUCAUCAAGAGGCCUGAGCUGCUCACCGAAGGAGUCAAAGAGCCCCUCACAGACAGCCAAGAGAGGGAUUCCGGGGACCCUCUUGUGGACGAGAGCCUGAAGAGACAGGGCUUUCAAGAAAAUUAUGAUGCCAGACUCUCACGGAUCGACAUUGCCAACACGCUGAGGGAGCAGGUCCAGGAUCUGUUCAAUAAGAAAUACGGGGAAGCCUUGGGCAUCAAGUACCCGGUCCAGGUCCCCUACAAGAGGAUCAAGAGUAACCCCGGCUCGGUGAUCAUCGAGGGGCUGCCUCCCGGGAUCCCUUUCCGAAAGCCCUGCACCUUUGGCUCCCAGAACCUGGAGAGGAUCCUUGCGGUGGCUGACAAGAUCAAGUUCACUGUCACCAGGCCUUUUCAAGGACUCAUCCCAAAGCCUGGUUGGUGUCAGAGCCGGGCAGUGUCCGUCCUCUUCCCAUGAGCGGCAGCAGGAAGGAUGGCCGGGCCUCCCUUUGCUGACGGGGAGGAGAAACACGGCGAGGCAGUCCGUCGGCCUCCCCCUGCACACCCUGUGAUCCCCAGCCCCUCCUACCCAGAAGGAAGGGCCCCACGGAGGCCUGAAAAUAUAGCUGCUCCAGGGGUACGCACAUACUUUAACGAGUUUGAAAAGCAAGAAAUACACUCGAUCGUACGCUGGGCUGUGAGUUCAGCGGUUUGUAUAUCACCUUUUUUUGUCCCCUUUUUACGGAUGAAGAAACUGAGGCCAAGGGAACUUCAAUGACUUGCCUUGGACGCCCAACCUGUAGUGGAGGAAGCGUUGGUUCCACACCUGGCUCUCUGUUCCUUCAGGGAGGCCCACUGAUGCCAGGCGGGCGGCACGUAAUUCAGAGCAGCCCCCAAAUAGCGGAGUGUCGGGCUUUGGGGAGAAACACUGGGGGGCGGAGAGGCAGCCAGCAGCCAUUGCCCCCUUCUGGGGGGGUGACCUCUUCCACUGACCACGGCUCACCCUCCAGCAAGGGGGCUUUGACAGCUCAUCUUCCUGUUCGAACAGCUUCUUGAAUCUCAGCCAUCACCCCAGGGUGGCCAUCCGCCCCCCAUUUCUCUGUGCCAGUCUGCCCACCCACCCAUCGGCCUUCCCUGUGGCCCCUCUGUGUGCAGAGAGGGCCCUUGGAAAUGCUUUCUCUGCCCACGUGGUAUGGGAGAGGGUGGCAGGCUGCCUAGAAGAAGAGAUGGGCACCUGGCCCUGGCCCCAGGCCUCAGGGAUGGGACUGCCAGCGCCUUUCCAGGCAUUGGCGCUCUGGGCCGGGUGUCAGCCUGGAGGGACCGGGGCAGAUGGGCUGGCAGGCCAGCUGUGUGCUUCCUAACGCCAUUUGUCACGCUGGGCUGGGAAGGUGUCCAGACUCACAGGGGCCUCCGAGGGUUCACCAGAGGUCACUGGGUGCUGUUCCUGCCCCAGAAAGGGCUGUUCCCAAACCGUCCAUUAGACAGUCGCUGAAGCCUGAUGCGGGCCAGCUCCUGGGGUUCCGAGGUGAACUGGAGCAGGUCAGGUCAGGUCUCUGGGGAAGGCGGAACAUUGGCAGGUGCCGUAGCCUAGAGAAAGGAAGGCUGUAGCUGUGCGCCUGGAGGGGUGUUAGAUGAUGUGCUUUGGAACUGGGGGCCGAGGUGGUGGGGGGCCCAUGGGAGAGCACAGGCUGGUGCUCAGACAGACCCAGGUUGAAACCCCAGACGCCUCUUACUAACCCUGUGACUCUGGGCUCAUUAUUUCACAUCUCCGAGCCUUCACUUCCUCAUCGGUGAGAUGGAGAUGGUCAUGUCUGCCUCCCCGGGUGAUCUGAAUGAAUGAAUGGUGGGCAUUGGGGGGUGAGCCAUGGAGGACGGUUUUCCCCCUGCUGACGCUUGAGAGAGAUGUUUGUGAAGCCCUCAGCCCUGGACCAGCUGUGAUAGGAAGGGCUCAGCCAAUGGGAUUGGCAGUUGUUACUGUUAUUCCUGGAGGUCGGGAAGGCUUCCUGGAGGAGGUGACAUUAAGCUGGGCCUUGGAGUUGAGCAGAAGGGUGUGUGGUUCUAACACAGGGCACAGCCUAAGUGGGGGCGCAGAGUGGGUGUCUGACUAAACCAGGCUCAAUCCCAGGGGCCUGAGUGAGUGAGGCCUGGGCGGGGUGCAUACCACUGGAAGCUCCUUGCCACCUGGCCAGGCUGCUCCCCAGUUCACCCACCUGCCUGCAGCAGCCCUGAGUUAAAUUAGGGACACUGGGCCAGGGGCCAGAGAGGCAGGUGGCUGGGGACGGUCUCUGCCCUCGGCAGCACCAAGUCAAGGUGGGUCUCUCCCCAGACCCAGAGGGGCCCGAGGCUGUGUAAACCCAGGACGGCAAAGGGGCUGUUCAUGAUAUGUUGGGAAAGAUCAGUGGUGACUAAGGAAGGAGAGGCCCUCCGCCCAGGUAGCUGGUGUAGCAACAGCUGUAGAACAUUCUAGUAGGUCGGGAAACACGAAUACAUACCCAUGGUGGAAAUCUGGAAAAUACAGAGAUCUCACUGCCCAGAUGGCUGUUUAUUUUUACGAUGAUACAUUUCUUCCAGAUUUUUCCCCAAGCUUAUUAAUUGUAUAUCUCGUCCUUUCCAUAAAUUCACACACACACACGCUGAAGCAUAAGCAUUUUCCCAUGUCUUUAAAACACUUUACAAUGGUCUGUCAUCAGGGUGCAUCAUAGUUAUAUAGCAGCCCUGUCCCCCGAGAAUGGACAUUGGGGCAACUUCUCACACCGUGGAUACCUAACACCCGCGUCAUGCUGAUGAUUUGCUGAUUACCAAGCCUUCCUGUACCAGCACAUUCGAUCUCCCCCAAUAACCAGUCCUACAGGAAGAAACAGGCUCAGAGAGGUUAAGGAACUCGCUGGAGGUCACACAGCAUGUGCCCAGGCUUUCCCCACCCCCGACCUUUCAUCCACACUGGGUAGGUCUUUGCUGCCCCCUUCUGGCUAUCAGCAUCUAUAACAGUCCUGCCUGUCUAACCCUUAAGGCUCAUAAUCCUUUGAGUUCAUUUAUUUGCACAACAACAACAAAAAGAUUAUUGAAUACCUGUCGUGUGCCAAGCAAGAUCUGGGAAUACAAAAUAGAAAAAAAAUCUCUACCCGCCGUGGUGCUUAUAUUCUAAUAGGGGAGACAGGUAAAUAAGAGCAAAUUGUAUCGUAUUCAAUAGUGACAAGUGCCGUGGAGACACACACAAAGGAUGGCACUGUCAAGAGCACAAUUUUAGAGAGGCCACCAGAAGCUAAGGCCUGAAUGAAGACAGGGUAUAAGCCAUGUAGAAAUCUAGGUCAAUGAUCAGGGAACUAAGAUCCCACAUGCCGUGGGGCAACUAAGCCUGCGUGCCACAACUACUGAGCUCGCGCACCUCAACUAGAGCC